AUGGGUGCAACUAAUCUUAAGGUUCUUAUGUUUCCAUGGUUGGCUUACGGCCAUAUAACUCCCCAGUUACAACUAGCCAAGAAACUUUGUGACAGAGGAUUCAUCAUUUACUUCUGUUCCACUCCAAUCAAUCUCGAAUUCAUCAAGAAAGAAAUCCCAGAAAAAUACUCACCUUCAUUUCAUCCCCUCCCUCUUCAUCUUCCUGACACCCCAGAACUUCCCCCUUGUUACCAUACAACAAAUGGACUCCCUCCUCAUCUUAUGCCCAAACUGAAAAUCGCUCUGUUCAGAGCAAAAACCAAUCUUUCCGGCAUUCUCAAGAAUCUCAGUCCUGAUCUGGUCAUAUACGAUGCUCUUUUGACCUGGAUUGCUUCAUUAACAUCUGUCCAGGGAAUUCCGGCUGUGAAAUUCUUGUUUACAUCUGCAUCAACUGCUGCAUACGCUUCUCACUUGGCAAUCAAUCCAGGCGUAGAAUUCCCUUUUCAAGCCAUACAUCUUUCGGAUUUUCAUCAAUCCAGGGCACUCAAGAAGAUUGAAUCAGAUCAUCCGGAUGUUCAAGAAGAUGGCCCCGAAGAUGAGAGGCCUAAUAGAUUCUGUGACGGAAUCAUGCUAUUAAAAAGCUCAAGGGAAAUUGAAGGGAAAUACAUGGAUUAUUUAUAUGAUAUCAUCAGGAUGAAGAUGAUUCCUCUGGGUCCUAUGUUUUCUGUUGUAUGCAAUGAUCAUCAGCAGGAUGGACACCAUGAGCUGAUCCAAUGGCUCGAAACAAAAAGCGAUCUUUCCACUGUUUUCGUCUCCUUUGGGAGCGAAACCUUCCUGACAAAUGAAGAAAGGGAAGAGAUUGCUUUUGGAUUGGAGCUUAGCGGUAAAGGGGAACAUUUGAGAAGAACAGUCAAGGAUGUGAAGGAGAAGAUGGAACUCACAGGAAAUCAAGAGCUGGAUGAGGCUGUGGAGUUGCUGAAACAGCUGAAAUGA